UACCAGUCUAUAAUAAACUGUUCUUUUAUUUUAUUUAAUGUGUAGCCUUUCAAUAUGUUUACGAAUAAAAUUCUUUAUUUACUUUGGAGACGGGGUUACAUCCGCCGUAAUCUCGCGAUAACUUUACUGUUUUUCACCUUCACUUUGAUCAGAUGUCCUGCGUGACCUUUACGUUAUAGUGGUGGAACCACUUGUCGCUGUUUGCCUAACGGAAGCUAACUGGAGGCGCACACUUUGAAACCCGAAACAUGCCCCGACCCGCUCGGACCGGGAUCGUCGCCUGGAUCGAGAACCUGAUCCUGAGCUACGGCGGCUGUGAGGAAGAGGAGGGAGGCAGCAGCGGGCGGCUGAAGGCACAUGUCAUCGGGGUGGGGCAGAUGUCUCUGUCCCAGGCUCGGGGCUCCGAUGGCCCCACAGGUCUGCUCUUCCUGUCCGACGGUGUGCUCCAGAUUCCGGCCGUUCUCACCGCAUCCGCCUGGGAGCAUCUCCAAGAGCAGGAGGACCGUGAAUGCCUCACCAGCCUGGUGAACGCCACGGUGAUCCUCCAGGACUACCGGCUGCAGUUUCACAUGUCUCCGGAGCAGACUAAAUGCAGAUUCUUCUUAUCGGUGGGAGAGCUGGCUACAGCUGCAGCAGGUCCAGUUAAACGCAACACCCCCUGCUGCACCACCCUCCCCUCUGUCAGGAUGAAGAUUUGCAAGACAUGGAGGGCCCUGCUGGGUCAGGAGGACUCCCAGAGGAGCCAGUGUGGGCUGGAUCUGUCCGAGCUGCUGGGCGAGUGGCAGCAUGACUGUCUGAGGGAUGUGCUGGAGGACAUCAGAAAGAGGCUGAGGGCAGCGAGCGGUGGUCCUGGGAGCCCACAACCCUCCACCUCUGCUCACCGCUCGCCUUCCACCCACUUCUUUACAGGCUGGGAUGUGGACCGAGUCAGAUAUAAGGGAGAGAAGUGCUUCCAUGUCCCAGUGGAGUUUCUUUGCAUCCCAGAGGAGGAAUUCCAGCAUCUUCCAGGAAACGGGACACAGACAGAAAGAGAGAGAGAGUCCGCACCACCUUUACCCUCUGCUGAAGAUCCAUACAGCCAGUCGUCUACAUCAGCAGGUGUGGAGACACUGUGGGACGGGGAUGGGAGCUCACCUGUUCAUGUGGAGGACGUUGUGAUCCCAGGAAUAACUGACAGGCUUUUGUCCAACCCAUGGGACAUGUUUGCCCCACCGUCUGUCUCCUUUAGCCCUGAUUCAUCCCCAGAAGCGACGCCUCAGCCCGACCUGGCUGCUGCCACGUCCAAACCUGACUCUGCUGCCAUGGCAACCAGCACUCAGCUUCCUCUUCAUAGUUCAAAAGAGUCCAGCUACUUUCCGCCAUACCAGAAACAGCUGAGCAACCUCUUACCAACAUCUUCGACCCCUGUUAGCCCCCCAGAAGCGCCUGCCUCGGACCAUCACCAGAUCCUGACCCCACAGCAGAACCUCCUGGCUUCGGACCCCGUUCAGGAAAACUACAGGAAGCCAAAGAGGAAGAGAUGCAAGGAGACGCCAGAGGAGGAGGAGCUUGGCGGGAGUCCUCCGUCCUGGCUUUUUGACAGUCUGCUAGGAGAAGCCUGUGUCGAAGAGAGCAGCAAUCCUACGCGGACCGGGACCGUCCUGAGAAAGACCCCAAGCACUCACAGUGAUGGUCGGCCCUUUAUGUACUCCUACAAGGUGUCUGGACAGAACCUGCAGGACUUCAGUCGAUUCAAAGUCUCUGCAUCGCAGCUGCACUGGGCCGUCCGUUAUCUGGUUGCUCCGAAGAAGACGGACGGUCCACCAGAUGUCACAUGAUGGAUCCCGGGUUCGGGUCCAGAGUAGCAAAAACUGUUGAGUUAAUCAGCUGAUUUUGAGUUCUGAUCAUUUAUAAGUUCAGUUAAAAGCAGAUAUUUGUUGCUGUCUAACAUCUCGGGAUGCAGAUUCAGAUCCAGUGUUGCUGGACCGACGUGUUGCAGGUUUUUAUAUUUUCAUCCUAUUUAUUUUUAUUUUAGGAUUAUUUUCUCAAACAAACGUGACAUUUCAUUCCUCACAUACGAGAAUUUGUUGCUUUUCUUUGGCACAAAAUCAUUUUCUUUGUGUUUGAACCUGUCUAAGGCCAAUGAACCACCUGCGGCCACGUGACGGUGGACUCCUGCAGGUCCACGGCCUGCUGCAGGUCUGUGGACUCUGGUUCUGUUCAGGUUUAAUAAACCCAAAUGAAACGCUGGCUCUGCAGCAGAUCCAGGACUGCUGUUGCUCUGGUUGUGCUUUCAUAGUGAACUUGAUUCAUUUUGCUUCUGCUCUUCCCAGAUAAUCCCAGUGGGAUUCAGGUCUAGACACUCAGCCUGUUUCUUGGAACUGAGCUAAUUGUUUUCUUAGUAAAGUCGAAGCUUUUAGUUGCAGAGACUUAUUAAAAAAUUCAAACAUAA